AUGGGUAUCUCCCGAACCUCAAGGCACAAACGCUCUGCCUCCGGCGCACAACGCGCACACUACCGCAAGAAGAGAAAGUUUGAGCUCGGUCGUCAACCUGCCAACACCAAGUUGGGUGCCAAACGUGUUCACACUGUCCGCGUCCGUGGAGGAAACUUGAAGUUCCGUGCCCUUCGUCUCGAGGCCGGUAACUUUGCUUGGGGCUCUGAGACUGUGACGAGGAAGACGAGGAUUAUCGGUGUCGUCUACAACGCAUCGAACAACGAGCUCGUCCGAACCAACACCCUCGUGAAGAGCGCCAUUAUCCAGAUCGAUGCUACUCCCUUCCGCCAAUGGUACGAAGCUCACUACGCUCAACCAGUGACCAAAAAGGGCAAAGUUCAAGCCCCCGCCGACGAAGAGCCCAAAAAAGUCUCCCAGCACGUACAGCGCAUUCUUGACGAGAGGAAGAAGGAGGGUAAGAUUGACCCCCUACUUGAGUCGCAAUUCGCUGCCGGCCGACUUUACGCUGCCAUCUCAAGCCGACCUGGCCAGUCCGGUCGUGCUGACGGCUACAUUCUCGAGGGCAAGGAACUCGAGUUCUACCUCCGCAAGAUCAGAACCGGCAAACAGAAGCACGCCCACGCCUAA